AUGCUAGUUGUUAGUCCGUAUCAAUCAAGGCCAAAGCAGGCAAUCCCGAAUGAAAAACGUUUUGGCUACGAAUAUCUCUAUCUCAAGAACGCUGUGGCCCUCUCUCAAUACUCCUCUCAAGAACUAAGCUCAACCGGGGGCGGUAAUAAAGGGUUAGAAUUGCUGGUUCCAGUUUAUGCUCGUGGUGAUCCAUUUCUGGAUCUCAAGGCCCAGGUCCGCACUCCUCAAGUGAUACGAUUCCAGGACUGUCAGAGGUUACACUGCUGGUGUACCCGGUUGAUCCAGAUCAAUGUAGUGGUCUUUGAUGUCUGA